AUGCCGCUCCCUAGCGAUGAAGAGUUGCUCAAGACGAGCUCGGAUCUUGUGGCUCAGAUGCAGGCAAUCUUCGGCCUUCACCCCGGCUUUCGCCCCGCUCACGCCCGCGGUGCCCUCUUGACAGGCUCCUUUACGCCUUCCCAGCAGGCCGCAGCCCUCUCCUCAGCGCCUCACUUCUCCGCCGCCAGUACGCCCAUCCUCGCCCGUUUCUCCUCUUCUACCGGCAUUCCGCAGAUUCCCGAUACUGAUCCGAAUGCCAAUCCGCGCGGUCUCGCCAUUCGCUUCAACCUGCCCUCCACGCCUGACGGUCACCGUGUGCAUACGGACAUAAUCGCACACACGACCCCUUCCUUCCCCACGCGCACCGGCGCCGAGUUCCUUGAAUUUCUCCGCGCUGCGGCGGUUAGUCCUCCCGGGGCUGAGAGCCCGACGGCGGUAGAGAAGUUCCUAGGUGCGCACCCGGACGCACUUGCCUUUGUGCAGACACCGAAGCCCUCCCCUGUUUCGUUUGCCAGCGCGGCGUAUUUUGGGGUCAAUGCGCUGAGGUUCGUCGGCGGAGAGGGGGGCAAAGAGAUUUUCUUCCGGUACCGCAUCGUGCCUGCUGAGGGCGAGAUCGCGACGCUGGGAGCGGAGGAAGUUAAGGAGAAGGCGGACGGUUAUCUCUUCGAUGAGCUGCCUGCGCAUCUUCGGGACAGUGGUCCUAUCAAGUUCAAGCUUCUAGCGCAGAUUGCGCGCCCGGAAGAGGGUGAUGUGGUCGAUGAUGCUACUAAAACCUGGCCGGACAGUAGGGAGUCAGUGGAGCUAGGCGAGCUCACGCUGGACAAACUGGUUGGGGAGGACGAGGGGAAAGAGAUGCAGAAGAAUGUCAUUUUCGAUCCCAUUCCGAGGGUUCAGGGCAUCGAGCCAUCGGAAGAUCCGCUGUUGGAGAUGAGGGCUGCUGUAUAUCUAAUCAGUGGCCGGCAGAGGCGGGCGGCUGGGGCUCCGAAGGAAGUGGUGGAGGGGUUGGGGCAUUAG